AUGUCGUUCUCAGGCCCCGUUGGAUCGCUACCCUUACCAUCAUUCGUCCAGAACCGUCUCUUCAGCAGUACUCCUCGGACCAAGGCUCUGAGCAUCGACAAUAUCAAUCCUCAUGUCAAGGAGGCCAAGUACGCCGUGCGUGGUGAGCUGGCCAUCAAGUCCGAGCAGUACCGAGCUCAGCUGGCCAAAGGCGAAGGCAAGGACCUGCCCUUCGACUCCGUCAUCAGCGCGAACAUUGGCAAUCCACAACAGCUAGAUCAAAAGCCCAUCACGUUCUUCAGACAGGUUGCGAGUCUGGUCGAGAACCCACAGCUUCUGGAAAACGAGGAUGCCCUGGAGAAGAGCUUUGGGUAUAAGAGCGAUGUCAUCGAACGUGCAAAGAAGCUUCUGAAGGAUGUCAAGAGCGUUGGAGCCUAUUCACAGUCGCAAGGUGCUCCGGGCAUUCGCAAGAGCGUUGCAGACUUCAUUGAGAGACGGGAUGGAUACCCUGCAGACCCAGAGAGCAUCUACCUCUGCGCCGGUGCGAGUGCAGGUGUCAAUUCUCUCAUGAACGUCAUGUGCGCUGACAAGCAGAGCGGCGUUUUGGUCCCUAUCCCACAGUAUCCUCUCUACACUGCAACACUGAGCUUGUUGAACGCACACUGUGUGCCAUACUAUCUAAAAGAAGAGGACCAAUGGAGCACUGAUGUGGAAGGCAUGCGUACAGCACUCAAGGACGCUCAAAAGAAAGGCAUCAACGUUCGCGCAGUUGUGGUGAUCAAUCCGGGUAAUCCGACUGGUGGUUCUUUGGCCGCUGAAAACAUCGAAUCCGUUCUGGAGUUGGCUGCCGAAGAAAAUCUCGUGGUGCUAGCAGAUGAGGUGUACCAGACCAACGUCUUCGAGGGAGAGUUCCGAAGCUUCAAGAAGAGCUUGAGAGAAUUGCAAAAGAGUGACAAGAACAAAGAUGGCAAGUUCGAUCACAUUGAGCUUGCUAGCCUUCACAGUAUUAGCAAGGGCAUGGUCGGUGAGUGUGGACACCGUGGUGGCUACUACGAGAUGGUUGGCUUCGACCCCGAGGUAAGGAGUGCUCAAUGCACGAGACGAUCUGGGCUCCGACUAAGUGCGAAUAGGUUGUCGCCCAAAUUUACAAGUUUGUCAGCAUCAUGCUCUGUCCGCCCGUCGUCGGUCAAUGCAUAGUCGAGCUUAUGGUUAACCCGCCCAAAGAAGGAGAGCCAUCAUAUGAGCUAUAUCGCGAGGAGUACGACACUAUCUUCCACAACCUCAAGAAGCGCGCGCACGCACUGUACGAUGCCUUCAAGGAAAUGGAAGGCGUCGAAUGCCAAUACCCACAGGGAAGCAUGUACCUCUACCCAACGAUACAGCUCUCUCCCAACGCGAUCGAGGCUGCAAAGAAGGAGGGCAAGAACCCGGAUGACUUCUACUGCUUGAGAUUGCUGGAUGCCACUGGUGUGUGCAUCGUGCCUGGCUCAGGUUUUGGGCAGAAGGAAGGUACCUUGCAUUUUCGAACGACGUUCUUGGCUCCAGGUACGGAUUGGGUUUCCAGGAUUACGGAUUUCCACAAGGAGUUCAUGGACAAGUAUCGUUAG